UAUAUUAAACUAUAUUAAUUGAACAUAAUACCUCAGGCCCUGGUGUUGGGGCAGUGUCAAUGCGUGGAGCGGUCCAUGGCCCCUCGUUCGUAGGCAGGACACAGCAAUACUUUCAAAGCAGGGCCUCAUUGCGCGUGAGCACUAAAAUCUUUGCCAGCGCAGCGGCCAGCCUGGUAGACUCGGAGCAUCAGAGAGAGGAGGAGCGCGCUCGUGGUCGUCGGCAACCGCGCGAGAAGAGCGAUAGCAAAAUGGCCGCCGCCGGGAAGCUGAAGCUGCUGUGCCUGCACGGCUACAUGCAGAAUGCGGAGAUCUUCCGCAGCCGGCUGGGCAGUGCGCGCAAGGCGCUCAAGAGCCGCGUGGAGUUCGUGUUCGUGGACGCGCCGUACGAGGCACAGGGCCUGCCCGGCAGUGAGGACCCCGAGGAGGUGCAGGGCGGGCGCGACGGCCGCUCCUGGUGGCAGUGGACUGACACGGGGCCCUCGGGGCGGCCCUCCAAGGCAGCCCACUACACGGGCUGGGAGGUGUCUCAGGCGGCGCUGGUGGCUGCGAUCAAGGAGCACUCGCCGGACGGCCUGCUGGGAUUCAGCCAGGGCGCCACCGCGGCGGCGCUGCUGCUUGCGCACCUGGCGUCACCGGCGGGGGCGGGGGCGGCGGAGGCGGGGGCGGGGGCGGGGGCGACGGAGCAGGAGCUGCGGCGGCUCAAGUGCGCAGUGCUGGUUGCAGGCUUCCUACCCCGCGAUCCGGCUGUUGCGGCGCUGGUGCAGGCGGGCGGGCCGGGCGUGGGCGUGCCGGUGCUGUUCGUGAGCGGCACCUCGGACUCGCUGGUGCCCCCCGAGCGCACCGCCGAGCUGCGCGCCUGCUUCCCGCCUGCCGUGUGCUCCACCUUCACACACGGCGGCGCACACCUGGUGCCCACGUGCAGCGGUGAGUUCAAGUCAACACUGGUCGGCUUCCUGGACGCGGCGGCGGCGGCGGCGGCUGCAGGCGGCCCCGCGCCGCCGCCCCUGCACCGCGUGGCCAGUGCAGCCAACACCUCUGCCGCGGCACCAGCAACAGCGGCAGGGGCAGCAGCAGGGGCCGCAGCGGCGGGUGGCGGUGCGGGUCUGACCACGUCCACUUCGAGGUCGCAGUCGGCUGCCAGCCUGGCGCCUGCGUCGGCGUCCGCGUCAGACCCACAGCUGCCUGCGGCAGCGGGCGCGACAGAGGCGGAGGCAGAGGCGGAAGCGGCGGCGGAAGCGGUGGCGGCGAUGGCGAUGCAGGAGCCGGUUGCAGUGGCGGCUGCGGGGAGGUAGGGAGGGCGAUGCGUGGCGUGAGCUGCUGGAGUGCUGUGCUGGGAGCGGAGCAGGAGCAGGCUGGAUGGCGCAACAGAGGGUCGUGCGAUGAGGGAGCGAGUGACGACGUGCCAGGGGAAGCGCUUGCAACUGUGUUGGAAUACCGGUAGGCAGGCACAGGUGGUGUUCCAGGAGCUGAGGGUGAAGGCUUGAGUGGAUAACUGAGUGGAGAGGACAGAGCGUGGGAUUCGCCUGUGCGGACCCCUGGCGUCGACUACCCUGAUUGCGUUAACGUCCCCAGGAACUUGUACCUUUCACCGAACGCUUCGUCGAUGUGUGUGGCUGGGUCCAGUGGUUGCAGAGAUAAGGCCAGUCCGCCAGUCAGGGUGUGUGCGGUCGGCAGUGCGCCAUGUACGGUGUGGGAUUACUGCACUUCGAGCUCCUGCAGUGCUGCCUGCUCGGCCCAUGCACGGUGUACCAUGCGCGGCCAGACCACCCAGA